AAAGCAAAUGUUUUACUGUGAAACGUCUAACCGGAAAUGCGUCUGUUUCAGGCCCACUCUAAGCUAACUCCGGCAACAUUUUUGACAACUUUUGACGAGAUGGCGCCCUCUACCGUGACGGCAGUCGUAUUGCUUGCCCUUCAGAUUGUGUUGGUAUUAAGCUCCCACAAACAUGAAGACCAUUUAGGACACCAGCUACAUUCCGAACAUGACAUGAAUGUCCUGCUACGGGAGAAGGACCCUGAGGAGUUAAAGAAACUCAAUCCAGAAGAGCAGAGAAAGAUGAUGUUGGAAAUUGUAAAGAAGAUUGACAAAAAUGCUGACAAACACCUAAGUGCAGAGGAGAUUGCUCUAUGGAUUCAGCAUGUGUAUCGAAAAUAUGCCCUGGAAGACGCAGAGGAGCGCUUUGCUGAAUUUGACACAGACAAAGACGGUGUAGUAUCAUGGGAGGAGUACAACAUGGCCGCUCAUGACCAGCUGUUUAAUUUUGAUGAAAGCACCAUCUUGGAUGAUCCUGAGGAAGAGUCUCUGCGACAUCUGCACCUGAAGGAGAGGAGGCGCUUCAAUUUCGCCGACCUGGACGGUACACCCGGCCUCAAUGUAACAGAGUUCUUGGCCUUCACUCACCCGUCUGAAAUGGACCACAUGGCUGAUUUUGCAAUUGAGGAUGUGCUGAGUGACUAUGACUUGGAUCAAGACGGACUGAUCAGUCUAAAGGAAUUUAUCGGUGAAGUUCGACGUGAAGAGGAUGCCCCUUCGCAGUGGGAGGUUGAGGAAACCGUGCGCUUCAAGGACUUGUACGAUCAAGACAAGGACGGCAAGUUAAAUCGAGAGGAGCAACUGCGCUGGAUUGCGCCCAACGGCUACGGCGCUGCUCAGGAAGAGGCUCUUCACCUCAUUAAAGAGAUGGACCAGGAUGGAGACGGGCAGAUAUCAGAGGCCGAAGUCAUGCAAAACCAAGAUAUUUUCAUGAACAGUGAAGUGACGGACUAUGGCAGACAUUUGCACUUGUCACAUGAUGAAUUAUAACUUUACAAAUCA